AUGGAAAAGAUACAGCAGGUGCUAGAUAGCUACAGCGCCAAAGGCGAGGAUACAAAAGACAAGAUACUUGGUGCUAGUUUCAUCGUGUUAGAUAAAGAUGGUGAGACUUUCUUCUCCGUAUGGAAGUUAGCUAACGAUUUGCCAGGUCUGCUGUUUCAAGGAUCUACUGGUCGGCGUGACCUUGCACAGGACUCGGCAUCAUUUGAUGCAGACACGUUUGUCGAACUGGCGUCCAUGACCAAGUUGCUCACCGCGAUCAGCGUGCUCCAGGUGGUUGAGCAAGGGCUGAUCGGACUCGAAGAUGACGUUCGCCCCCACAUCAGACAACUGGCUGAAGCACAAAUCCUGAGAGGAUUCGAUGAAAAUGACAAACCAAUUCUAGAAGACAACACGAAGCCCAUAACUUUGAUUGACAUGCUUGUGCACCGAUCGGGACUCCCAUAUGAUAUUGCGGAGGCAGAUAUCUUGAAAUGGCGUAAGUAUGUCGGGAAAGAAACUAUCAACACAACUUGGUCUCUGGAAGGCUUCACGACGCCUCUGAAAUUUGCUCCUGGGGAGGGUUGGGCGUAUGGCACAGGCACAGACUGGGCUGGGCAGGUGGUUGAGAAACUUACGGGAAAGACACUCAACGCAUUUAUGAAGGAGAACCUCUUCGAGCCGCUGGGCAUGGACAGCAGUACCUUCUGGCCGAAGGAGCUUCCACAUGUUGCGGACCGCACUGGUGGCUUCAUGAUUCGGACGCCAGAGGGCGCAUUGGUCUCGGGGCCGUCGCCUUUCCCCAAGGAGCACGACCUCGAAAGUGGUGGUGCUGGAGGAUAUUCCACGGCGAACAACUAUGCAAAGGCGAUCCUGGCGAUACUGCAGGGCGGUCUCUUGAGCAAGCAGAGCUUAGACAUCUUGGCCAAGCCGCAACUUAACGAGCUUCAGCAAAAAGCGAUCACAGAGGCCGCCAGUACAUUCUGGAACGGAUACUGCCCAGAGUUUCCCACGGAUACCAAGCUCAGCUACGCUGUGGGUGGAAUGGUCAACUUGACCGACGUUCCGGGCAAGCGGCGGGCAGGAAGCAUCAUGUGGAGCGGUUACUUCAACUCGCACUGGCAGUGGAUUGAUCCUCAAACUGGUAUUGGAGCUGUUCUUAUCACCAGCAUCUUUCCCCCAGCGGAUGCGGUCAUCAUCAAAUUGUAUGAUGAACUAGAACGAGCUGUAUACGAAGGUCUGCCUGCUUUGAAAGAGCAACGGACGUAG